CUAGCAUCCUUCCCCCAAUCCCCUCAGGCUCGGCUGCGCCGGGGGCCGCGGGCCGGUUCCUGAGGUGGCCCAGGGGCCCUCCCGCCGCCGGCGCCGCCCGGGCCGUCCCUCCCCGCCGCCCCCCGCCCUCCGCCUCCGCCUCCCCCCGCCCUCCGCCUCUCUUCCCCCUCCCCGCCCAGCAGCGGUCGCUCGGGCCCCGGCUCUCGGUUAUAAGAUGGCGGCGCUGAGCGGCGGCGGCGGCGGCGGUGGCGCGGAGCAGGGCCAGGCUCUGUUCAACGGGGACAUGGAGCCCGAAGCCGGCGCCGCGGCCUCUUCGGCUGCGGACCCUGCCAUUCCCGAGGAGGUGUGGAAUAUCAAACAAAUGAUUAAGUUGACACAGGAACAUAUAGAGGCCCUAUUGGACAAAUUUGGUGGGGAGCAUAAUCCACCAUCAAUAUAUCUAGAGGCCUAUGAAGAAUACACCAGCAAGCUAGAUGCCCUCCAACAGAGAGAACAACAGUUAUUGGAAUCCCUGGGGAAUGGAACUGAUUUUUCUGUUUCUAGCUCUGCAUCAACGGACACCGUUACAUCUUCCUCCUCUUCUAGCCUUUCAGUGCUACCUUCAUCUCUUUCAGUUUUUCAAAACCCCACAGAUGUGUCACGGAGCAAUCCCAAGUCACCACAGAAACCUAUCGUUAGAGUCUUCCUGCCUAAUAAACAGAGGACAGUGGUACCUGCAAGAUGUGGAGUUACAGUCCGGGACAGUCUAAAGAAAGCUCUGAUGAUGAGAGGUCUAAUCCCUGAGUGCUGUGCUGUUUACAGAAUUCAGGAUGGAGAGAAGAAACCAAUUGGCUGGGACACUGAUAUCUCCUGGCUCACCGGAGAGGAAUUGCAUGUAGAAGUGUUGGAAAAUGUUCCACUUACAACUCACAACUUUGUACGGAAAACGUUUUUCACCUUAGCAUUUUGUGACUUUUGUCGAAAGCUGCUUUUCCAAGGUUUUCGCUGUCAAACGUGUGGUUAUAAAUUUCACCAGCGUUGUAGUACAGAGGUUCCACUGAUGUGUGUUAAUUAUGACCAACUUGAUUUGCUGUUUGUCUCCAAGUUCUUUGAACACCACCCAAUACCACAGGAGGAGGCCUCCAUAGCAGAGACUGCCCUAACGUCUGGAUCGUCCCCUUCUGCGCCCCCCUCCGAUUCUACUGGGCCCCAAAUUCUCACCAGUCCGUCUCCUUCAAAAUCCAUUCCAAUUCCACAGCCUUUCCGACCAGCAGAUGAAGAUCAUCGAAAUCAAUUUGGACAGCGAGACCGGUCCUCAUCAGCUCCAAAUGUGCAUAUAAAUACAAUAGAACCUGUCAAUAUUGAUGACUUGAUUAGAGACCAGGGGUUUCGUAGUGAUGGAGCCCCUUUGAACCAGCUGAUGCGUGGUCUUCGGAAAUACCAAUCCCGGACUCCCAGUCCCCUCCUACAUUCUGUCCCCAGUGAAAUAGUGUUUGAUUUUGAGCCUGGCCCAGUGUUCAGAGGAUCAACCACAGGCUUGUCUGCCACCCCCCCUGCCUCAUUGCCGGGCUCUCUCACUAAUGUAAAAGCAUUACAGAAAUCUCCAGGGCCUCAGCGGGAAAGGAAAUCUUCUUCAUCCUCAGAAGAUAGGAAUCGAAUGAAAACACUUGGUAGAAGGGAUUCAAGUGAUGAUUGGGAGAUUCCUGAUGGGCAGAUCACAGUGGGACAGAGAAUUGGAUCCGGGUCAUUUGGGACAGUCUACAAGGGAAAGUGGCAUGGUGAUGUGGCAGUGAAAAUGUUGAAUGUGACAGCACCCACACCUCAGCAGUUACAGGCCUUCAAAAAUGAAGUAGGAGUACUCAGGAAAACUCGGCAUGUGAACAUCCUGCUCUUCAUGGGCUAUUCAACAAAGCCCCAGCUGGCUAUUGUCACCCAGUGGUGUGAGGGCUCCAGCUUAUACCACCAUCUCCACAUCAUCGAGACCAAAUUCGAGAUGAUCAAGCUGAUAGAUAUUGCUCGGCAGACUGCGCAGGGCAUGGAUUACUUACACGCCAAGUCAAUCAUCCACAGAGACCUCAAGAGUAAUAAUAUUUUUCUUCAUGAAGACCUCACAGUAAAAAUAGGUGAUUUUGGUCUAGCCACAGUGAAAUCUCGAUGGAGUGGGUCCCAUCAGUUUGAACAGUUGUCUGGAUCCAUUUUGUGGAUGGCACCAGAAGUAAUUCGAAUGCAAGAUAAAAACCCAUAUAGCUUUCAGUCAGAUGUAUAUGCAUUUGGGAUUGUUCUAUAUGAAUUGAUGACUGGACAGUUACCUUAUUCAAACAUCAACAACAGGGACCAGAUAAUUUUUAUGGUGGGACGAGGAUAUCUUUCUCCAGAUCUCAGUAAGGUACGAAGUAACUGUCCGAAAGCCAUGAAGAGAUUGAUGGCAGAGUGCCUAAAAAAGAAAAGAGAUGAGAGGCCACUGUUUCCCCAAAUUCUUGCCUCUAUUGAGCUGCUGGCCCGCUCAUUGCCAAAAAUUCACCGCAGUGCAUCAGAACCCUCCUUGAAUCGGGCUGGCUUCCAGACAGAGGAUUUUAGUCUCUAUGCUUGUGCUUCUCCAAAAACACCCAUCCAGGCAGGGGGAUAUGGUGCGUUUCCCGUCCACUGAGAUAAGUUAGAUGAGUGCGCGAGUGCAGGGGGCUGGGGCCAAGGAGGUGGAAAUGUGCGUGCUUCUGUACUAAGUUGGAUAGCAUCUUCUUUUUUAAAAAAAGAUGAACCAAAGAAUGUGUAUGUUUUUAAAGACUAGAUAUAAUUAUUUCCUGAUCUAAAAUGUAUACUUAGCUUUGGAUUUUCAAUAUCCAAGGGUUUUCAAAAUGCACAGACGUUGCUGAACAUUUGCAGUACCUCUUCUGGAGGCUUUACUUCCUGUUACAAAUUGGUUUUGUUUACUGGCUUAUCCUAAUUAUUAAACUUCAAUUAAACUUUUCUCCUGCA